AUGGAUACUUCGCCUUUGCUAGAAGGCGGCGCUGUUAAGCACAAGUAUCCAGCGCCAGUUUCGCGCGCAGCAUACUCUCGCGUUGCCGGUUCUUCGCAAUAUGACUACGAUUUCAAUGAUCGUGAUGACCUCGAAAUGCAUCCUGUGGAACCGUCGUCUGUUUUUCACAAGUCUGCUUUUAGGCCACCCCCAGCUCAUUAUUCUGGCAUGUCUGCUUUUCACGAGGCGACAUAUGAGCCAGAACCUAUGCCUGAAUCCAAUCCAAUCAUGCCGUCGCCACGACUCGAAAACAGUCGUCUCAUUCCACGCCUGUCGCAAAGACUGAGUAUGCGACGGCAUACAACCGUUCAAUCACUAACCAAGAACAGGCGCGAUUUGAGACGGUCAACCUCAAUACUACCAUCAGCGAGUCCAUUGACACCCUCUGGUGUCCGGUCUUUGUGGUCGAUAAAGAAUAAACAACCUGCAAAUAAUAAUCAAGAGCUGGAGAAUCUGAAUGAAGAAGAUUUUGUCACGGUCGAUAUCUCAUUCUUGGAGGGCCCGGGGAGCGAUGUUGCGCGACAUCAGGAUGCGUUUCCUUAUUGCAGCAGCAGCGUCGGAAAUAAUGCGCAUCAACCGCGAGAAUCAACCCCCAAACCCAACGAGAUGGUGGUACACAACACCGCGCGAGAAUACGGGCAGCAACUUGCUAAUCAGAAAAACAUGAUUGUCUCCGUCAAAGAAGCUGCUGCCGGCCCAGCGGUGGAUUUGAGUAGUUUGGAAGGAGCCGAACGCCGCCCAACUUAUAGAACCCCUACUUCACUUGAAGAGGAAGCAAGUUUCUUUUAUCCGGCGGACCCUGAGAAACCGAACUGGAAACCAUUCUCAAUGACGGCCCCUUACUUACUCAUGCUCAUCGUCGUGUCAUUAGGGCUGGCAGGCGUGCAGGAAUAUCUCUAUCAACAAUCAAAAUCUCUCGAAUCACAAGGGAAAGGCCUCAUACAGUUCAACGAUGUAGCCGAAAUCCCGGCUUCGCAAUUCUUUGCAUGGAAAUACCUCCCGACUCUGGUGAUGGUCACAUAUGGUGUGCUGUGGCAGAUCAUGGAAUACAACGUCAAAAGACUCGAACCAUACUACCAACUUUCUCAACCAACGGGUAACAUUGCCUCGAAAUCACUCAAUCUCGACUACACCACACUCUUCAGCUAUUUUGUCCCUUAUAAAGCCGUGAAAAACCGUCAUUGGACGGUCCUGGUGGCAUCCCUCGGAGCCAUCCUGGCAACCACAGCAGCACCAUCCUUACAAAACGCCUCGGUCAUGCCGAUCCAGAACCCGGACUGUCCGGACAAGAUAUGCCAUUCGUCGGAUCGGUUCAUAUAUUUUGUGCAUAUCGACACGGCUUGGUCCAGGCUGGUCACGGGUUGUCUUGCACUGGUGGCCGUCAUGGCGCUGGUGUUGGUAUUCCAGCUUCAACGGAAAUCCGGCUUACUCAGUGAUCCCAAGGGUAUUGCAGGGAUUGCGUCCAUGGCAACCAAAUCUCAUAUUCUGAAUGAUUUCCAGGGCAUGGAUACCGCCACGGACAAUGAUAUACACAAACGACUUCGACAUCGUCGCUACGUGCUAUACAAAUCGAGUAUAUGGCAAGGAGAAUACGUCAAACACACCGAAGAAAGCACCCUUGAACCCUUUUCAACCGCGUCACCGCAUCCGAUUGCGCUUCGUCGUAUCCCCGGCAUCGUGUUUUUAAUCUAUCUGACUUUCCUCGUCGCUGCGAUCCCCGUCGUGACUUAUACGAAUGCAAACGUGGUAGCAGUCAAGCUUCCCUGGUUACCAGUGCUACUGGCUGUUAUCGCAAAACAGAUCUGGACGGCGCUGGAGUUUGCGAUCAAAAUGCUGGAACCAUUUUAUGCCUUGUCGCAGGGGAAUGCUCGCCCCGAGAAUACGCUCACGCUCGAUUAUCAGGGCACCCCUUACGGCGUACUACCCUUUCAGGCCAUGCUGAAUAAGCACUAUCUCGUCUCGCUGAUUGGCGUCGGAUCGAUCCUCAGCGAUGUUUUGACGGUAACGUCCGCGUCACUAUCCAUCAAGGACGAAACCGAGCAAUCCUUCAUGACCUCUUCCGCCAUCUCGACCGUCGUCGUAUUCUUCCUGUUAUGUUCCGCGGCCUUGGCCCUAGUCUGUCGACGACGUUAUUUCGUUCCUCGACCGCCGUCCACGAUUGCUUCGAUUCUGGCAUUCGUGCACCAGUCCCAUAUGCUGGACGAUUUUGUGAAUACGGAGCGGUUUACUAAUGACCAGAUGAGGGCCAUGCUUGUGUCCAAGAAUAAACGGUAUGGACUUGGUUGGUUUCGUGGAAGAGAUGGAAACCUGCAUUGUGGCGUGGAUGAGGAGCCGAUGUUGAGUAGAUAUGUGCAUGGGAUCAGUUAUAAGGAUGCGCAGGCCGCGCCGUUGGAGGAUUUUUAG